ACCUCCCUCCCGCGGCGGGCCCUACCUGCAGCGGGGCGGUGGCAGGAAGGGGGCGGUGCAGUGCGGCGGUGGUUCCGGGCACGUCGGCGGCUGCCGCUCGUUCCUCGCACUGGGACCCGCCGCCCCUGCUCGCCUCAUGGCCGCUCCGCAGGACCCAGUGCCCCCAGCAGAUCAUGCAGCAAAAGAGCCAGUGGAGGAUACGGAUCCAAGCACUCUUUCAUUAACAAUGACUGAAAAAUACCCUGUUCAAGACACAGGAGUUCCUAAAGAUGAGGAAUACCUAACAGAUCAAGUUACACUGGAAAUUGCAUCUGUGAACAUCAAGACCCUUACAUCAGAUUCUGGCCUAAUCCAGCAGCCAGAAGACAAAGACAUGCAAAGCCAUACUGACGACUCACUGGCAGAUCUCAAGAAAACCUGCAAGGAAAAUGGCACCUGCUCCUUGUGCUUAUUCCGUGCACCAACCAUCAGUGACAUGCUCAAUGAUGAGGACUUGUUGUAUACAGUGAGGAUAAAGCUGGAUCCCUGCCACCCAACAGUGAAAAACUGGAGGAAUUUAGCAAGCAAGUGGGGGAUGACUUAUGAUGAAUUGUGUUUCCUUGAACAGAAGCCCCAAAGUCCCACCUUGGAGUUCUUGCUACGGAAUAGUGACCGGACUGUGGAGCAGCUGAUUGAUCUCUGUAAAUUUUAUAAGAGAAUUGAUGUUGUGAAAGUGCUGCUGAAAUGGGUAGAGGAGGAAUGGCCCAAAAGAGGGAACAGAACUUACCAGAAUGACUUCUAGGUCAAAGAAAGUUGUUAGUCCAUGCGUAUUAAAUGCUGGGACUAGCUGCUACAUGGGAAGUUUCCCUUGCAAGAGAGAGAGAAAGCCUGUACUGACGGUUUGUAUACUGUGUAAGCUCUAUGUACUGUAUACACAUAUAUAUGUUCUGUGCCCUCGGGGUUGCAAAGAUAACCUUGCAAAAGUAGAUGGAAUAUGCAGGUUGGUUCUUGAGUCUACAAAUGCCUUCAGUUCCUGUGGUGCUGUUUGUAGGCUUCCUAAGCAGAGGAGGUAUGAAAAAGCCAGCCCCUGGUUUCACAGCAGCCCUUGUGAACCAUGUCAGUUGUGUGUUGUUGCUACUGGGAAAGGCACCACUAGAAGGCAAGUCUUUGGGCCUUUCUGGCAGCCCUUCCACAGUUUUGUAUGUUCUACCUGGUAGAAGAUGUGUUAUUUUUUUCUUUUUUUAAUUUUCUUUUUAAGCUUUAUGAUACUGUUUUUGCCACAGGAACACCUCAGUGUUCCAAGCAGCAGUUUGGAUUUGCAUACUACAAUUGAUCCAGUGUUUCAACAUCACGUUCAGGCAAGUUAAGCUUUACAUCUUUUUUAGACAAGAAUAGGUGUUAAAAUAAUUAUUUGCAUCACAGGGCAUGUAUUUGCUAUAGAAGAAGUCAUGCAAUUCAGAGAGACUUUCCAGCCUAUAACCAAUAGGGACCAAAAAAGUACUUUCCAAAGUUUUGAAGACAAUAUAUACUCUGAGUGCACUUAUCUUGAAUGCCUCUUGCUUUGCAGUGUAAGGUGGCAGCUAAUGCCUCACUCACAGUAUAUCCUUAAGUAUUGAGUAUAACUUCCCCUUUCACAUGCUGUGGCUUGACCUACUUUCUGUCUCAUGCUGAAGUAGUUGCACACUUGCAUGAGACUAGCACAAAUUUAUAUAUUGAUGAAAGCCACUUUAAUGGGAAAUUAAUAGGUAAAUUCAUCUACAGUCCAGGUGGAUGGUUAUUAAAGCACUUACACUGGUUUGGACUGAUGUUUCUCAAAGAAUUUUGAUACUAUGAAUUACAAUUUACACUUUAAAUAUUUUAGAAAUUGGUAUUUUUCCUACCAUUAUUCUGUAUUCUGAUGUUUAACUCCUGAAAAAUCAGUUACACAAUACAGUGUGUAAAGUACUUAAGCUAUAAUGCCACACAAAAAUGUUGUAACUUUAAAAUACUUCUAGUUGUUACCCGUACCAAAAGCAUCUCAAGACAAUACUAAUAUGUACAUAGGUGUAUAUACCAAAGCACUGGUGAACAGUAUGUCAAGAUGUGGGAGAAAAAUAGAAUGGGGUACAGGUUGAUGCACUGUUUACUUUUCUCUAGUAGAAAUUACUAAGCAUUAGUAGCAAAGCUGAGGGAAGUCUAAUGCUGUAUACCGAGUUUCUUACUCUAAGAGAAUGAAAAGGGACCUCUUGUAAUACUAUACUAUAGAUGCUGAGUGAUACAGUUACAGAGGAGGUGGAAGUAAAGACUAACAUUUUCAAUGUCAGGCACUAGUUCUGAGGUGACAAUUUUAUUUUAGUGACUUCAGGAAGCUGAAGGUACAGUUUCAAGGGGAAAAGACUGACCUAAAUUUGAGGUUUGAUUUUUUUUUUUUUUUUCUUGUAGAAGACUGGAAUUUUUAAUACCUUUUUUUAAAAAAAACACAUUCCUCAUAAAAGCUGCUACCCUUUAGAACAGUAAGUCUUCUAGCUAUAUAUUAAAGAGGAAAUUGUUCUUGGGGCUACAGUUCAAAUGUUUUAUGUUCCUCUUCUAGAAACGGGGUUUGUGUUUCUCUUAUAGAAAAAGGGGUUUCCUGAUAAAUGUCUGUCAACUCUUAAUUUUUUAAAAUAAUCUUCUGUCUUUAGGUAGGAGCUCUAGAAUCUUCUUUGAGGACUCCUGCUGUGGCUGGGCUUCCUGCUAUGUUCAAUACCUACAGAGGCAGCCACUGCAUACAUGCAAAUAGCUCAUAAUGCAGCUUGUCCAAUGUAAUUCCUAUACCUUGGGCCUACUAUAUCCAUGAUUUAGGAUCAUUUGUCAGUGUAUAAGUUGUUCUUCUGAGUGAAGAGUGCUGGCAUAUAUGCCAACAACUUUUCUCUCCCAUAAUAUACCACAGCUAUAUGUGUCUGGUGUUAUAGCAUGCUCUGCUUUGGUAGAUGGAGUCCAAGAAGGAGCUGGAGCCCUCACCUAAGAAUCACGAUGUGAGUAUGAGAUGAUGCAGCAGCAUUCCUGAAUUGGGAUGUUCAACUGGAAUCUACCCCUUUUCCUGUUUUAUGGCUAAAACUUUUAAAAUUUUGAAGAAACACUGUUGUUCCUGAUCCUUUCUGAUCCCUUGAAGAUCUUGAAAAGUCAAUGUCAGCUGCUAGGAUUUAUGUCUGAUGGAAAUAAAGCUGCUUUUGAGAGUUCAUAGGUGGAUUCUGCAUAAAUCCAGCACUGAAGGUUGAAAAUGUUAGCCUUAUACUUCAUCACACACUGGAUUACUAAUUAGUAUACUUGAAAUAUUUUUUUCCUCUUUGUAUGGAUUGAGAUGUGCACACAUUUUUGGGUUUUAUAUCUAUUUACAAGAUAUGGGGUCUGAGUGUUCAGUUUAUACUUGUAUCUUCUGUUAUAAUGUAUACUAUUUUUAGAAGAAAUAUAGAUUGUCAAGGGUUGA